CAUUGAGGAGAACACCUUCUCUGUCUUUUCUUGGCUUUUAUUGAACAGAAUAAGAAUGCAAAAUGAAACUGCGAUAUACCUGGCACCGUAUGCUCACAGGAAAAAGAAGAUAGCAGAAAAAGAAAGCAGUAGCAACACUCCCUCAGGGAAUUCCAUGUUCCGAGCCAACUGCGAUCACCCUGACACCCACCUGUUACCCCUCUUAUACUCUCCCGUACUGGUUCCUCCCCAAACCCCACAUUGGACAGAACAGCGCGGGUAUUUCACCGAAACAACGUCUGCAAUAGAGACAAGAGGAAAUCAGCGAAGGGUUGGUUUGAGAGAGAGGAGUGGCGCGGAAGGGCGGAGCGGUUCCUCUUACCGGGCGGUGUCAGCUGUAGAAAACGGGACGGAGGAGCAGAGACAGGCCGAACGGGGAUUCUUUCUGAAUUGCUCUAGCGGACUUCAGGUGUCGAUAUGUCAGCAAAGGUCAGUGCUGAGGAGAUGGAGGAGAUCACAGAGGGCUUCAAGAAAGUGGAUGUGGAUGGUAACGGCUACAUCUGUGCCUCUGAACUAAGUAACCUCUUCCGUGAGGUGGGCUGCCCUUUGCCUGGAUACCAGAUCAGAGAACUCCUUCAGAAGCUGGACAAAGACAAGGACAGUCAGAUCAACUUUGAAGAAUUUAAAGCUAUUUUCCAGGAACUGAAGGAUGAUCGCAUGGCCCAGGGUUUCAGAAAAGCUCUCAACAAGAAAGAAGGCAUCGUAGCUAUCGGUGGCACCAGCCAGAUCUCUAGUGAAGGAACUCAACAUUCAAUUUCUGAGCAGGAGCGCUUUGCCUUUGCCAACUAUAUCAACACUCAUUUGGAGAAGGAUCCAGACUGUAAACAUUUCCUGCCCAUCAACCCCAACACUGAAGCUCUGUUUAGAGCAGUGGCAGACGGCAUUGUGCUUUGUAAACUCAUCAACCUCUCUGUUCCCGACACCAUCGAUGAGAGAACCAUCAAUAAAAAGAAACUCACAGCGUUCACCACACAGGAGAAUUUGAAUUUGGCAUUGAAUUCAGCCUCAGCCAUCGGCUGCCAGGUUGUCAAUAUUGGAGCUCAAGAUCUGAAGGAAGGAAAACCUCACCUGGUGCUUGGACUCCUCUGGCAGAUUAUCAAGAUAGGACUGUUUGCUCAUAUAGAGCUGAGCCGCAAUGAAGCUAUUGCAGCAUUGCUAGAGGAAGGCGAGAGCCUGGAAGACUUGAAGAAACUCAGUCCUGAGGAGCUGCUGCUGCGAUGGGUCAAUUUCCAUUUAAAGAAAGUUGGCAUGUCCAUAACAAAUUUUUCCACAGAUAUAAAGGACUCCAAGGCAUAUUUCCACCUGCUAGAGCAGAUUGCUCCAGAUGGCAGCAAAGAUGACGUUCCUCGGGUUGAGAUUGAUAUGACUGGUCUAUACGAGAAGGAUCUCACAAAGAGAGCUGAGUGUAUGCUCAAACAGGCCGAACGCCUCGGCUGCCGACAGUUUGUAACUGCUACUGAUGUCGUGAGUGGAAAUGCAAAGCUCAACAUGGCCUUCAUAGCCACGCUCUUCAACAAACAUCCGGCUCUCACCAAACCAGAGAACCAAGACUGGAAUCUAGAAAGUGAGACCAGAGAGGAGAGAACAUUUAGGAACUGGAUGAACUCUCUCGGAGUGAAUCCACAUGUUCACUAUAUCUACAGUGAUUUGCAGGAUGCCAUUGUGAUUCUUCAGCUUUAUGACAAGAUUAAGGUGCCAGUAGACUGGGACAACAAAGUCAACCUUCCUCCAUUCAAAGGGGUCGGAGGAGGGCAUUUAAAAAAGAUAGAAAACUGUAACUAUGCUGUGGAGCUGGGUAAGAAAAAAGCUGGUUUUUCCCUGGUGGGAAUCGCCGGACAGGACCUCUAUGAUGGCAAUGCAACUCUAACCCUGGCACUGGUGUGGCAGCUGAUGAGGAGGUACACAUUAAAUGUUCUGGAAAAUCUUGGACAUGGAGCAGUUGCUGGAGAUGAUCUGAUAGUUUCCUGGGUCAACAAGACUUUGACUGAGGCUGGCAAAAAGUCAUCUAUCAAAAGUUUUAAGGACAAAGCAAUUAGUACCAGUCUUCCAGUUCUGGACCUCAUUGAUGCCAUCCAGCCAACCAGUGUGAACUUUGAGCUGGUUAGAACAGGAACCCUAUCAGACGAAGACAAACUGAACAAUGCUAAAUAUGCAGUUUCCAUGGCGAGGAAGAUCGGAGCAAAAGUGUACGCUCUGCCUGAGGACUUAGUAGAGGUCAACCCCAAAAUGGUGAUGACCAUCUUUGCCUGCCUGAUGGGGAGAGGCAUGAAGAAGGUUUAAAGGAGCCAUACAUUCACUCAAACACGUACUGAGUGCCUGCUUUGUCUUUUUGGUUGGAUGAGAAGAGUAAACAUAGCUAUAUUUUCAGGCUUCCAACUUGAAUGUGUUUGUCUAGACUGGUGAUCCCAGGGUCUUGCCAGUACAUGCUGGGAUAGGUUCCUGUCUGCCUGUGAUCUUAAUGAGGGAUAAGCCUGUUUCUUUAAAUGUAAAAGCUAUAAUACAUGGGAAACCUAUAUAUUCAUUUAACAUUCCUCAGCCCUGCUGAAAGCAAAGGCUUGGGUUAGUGAUUUUUGUAGUUUUUCCUCAGUACUUUAUUAAAAUCUCUGAGAGUUUAAUGAAAGCCAACUUUGUCCCUAAUUACACUGUUGCCUCAAAGUUUCCUGUGUGUCACUGCCUCAUGUAUACCAGCUGCUGCAUCACCCAAAGUGCUAGCUAUUUUACUGUAUGAGCAUUUAUUAUACUUAAGCCAUAAUGUUCUUUUGUCCUUUCCUAUAAGCCUGUAUUAAUAUUUGACUAAAGCUAUAUUGUGUUAAAACCAGUUUGUAUUCGCACUAGAAACCAUAAAACAAAAUACUUAAAAAAAAAUUCUUUAAAUUCCAUUAAUAUACUCUUGUAUUUAAGACAUUUUCAGCAGCAGUUUAGGGAGCUUGCUAACUGAUAAAUGGUUGUAAUGUGUUGAGGUAUUUUAACUGGUCUCCUGCAUUGUUUAAGAGAUUUAAAGGAUAAAAACUCAUCAGAUUCAACCUAUGUAAAAAGCUACUGUUUAAAACUUAAAAGACAUGUAAUUUUAUAUUCUUUAAAACCACUCUGAUUCAUGCAGAAAUCCAUUAAGGAUCCUGUAAUAUAUUAUAGUUCAUCACUGUAUCCAUUACCAAAUCUUGUAAUAAAUCCCUGAAUACUGAAUAACAACCUCAAAAUCAAAUCUCAAGAAGGAAAAUAGUCUAUUUUGUUAAUCUAUGUGGACGUGUGGAUGUGAAAUGUAACAUGUCAGCACUACCGGUGCCUUGGUGCAUCCUCAACAAAACAGAAGAGAACACCGUCAGUGACCUCUAGUCAGUGCUUUCUCCUCUAUAAUCACUGUGCUGAUUCCUACACAGGAAAAGGUUAUCUGAAUUCAGUAACUCUGCUGUUGCUGAUUAAACAAGCAUGGUGACAAUGUGACUUCACUUCAGAAAAAGAACCAGAUUAUCUAGUCCUGUAUGAAUGUUAAAUAUUACAUUUAGUUUAAAAUUUGUCCAGAUUUGUUGCUGCUG